AUGCAGAGUCCCUUGUCCAACCUCGUUCCUCUCACUGUCAUCAAGGGCGCCGGCCACGAGUUCAUCCCCCUUCCUCAGGGCGAGAACGCAACCACCGCCGACUUCCACUCCAUCCGCACCAAGACCGAAUCCCCCGCUCACUUCACUUCCGGCUUCUACAAGAUCGAGGCUGGACCCGCACGCCCCGCCCACUACAACUUCGAGGAGACCAAAUACGUUCUCAACGGCCAAAUUGAUGUGUUGGAUGAGGCUACUGGUAUCACUCACCACCUAGUCCCCGGUGACUUUGCUUUCUUCCACGUCGGUUCCAAGGUCAAGUUCUCCACCAAGUCCUCCGGCUUCGCUUUCUACGCUGUCACUCGCCCUGUCCGCGCUCCCCACCCCAACCUUGUUGGUCGCGAGGAGGACAAGGCCCGUCUGUAA